AUGUCGAGCGUUGUUCCCAGUGAGUUCUAUUUUAGUCCUUCCGACAGAUUUGUAUCAAUUUGAAAGCUACGAGAGAAUAGUUGGGGUUCUCGAGUACUUAGAUGACAUGUUCAACAAAACCAUGGACUCAGUGGCAGGAAGAGUACGGUUUAUUUAGGUCAAAGAAUGCAGAGCGAGAGUAGAUGGAAUCACUCAAAGGGUUGCAGCUGCCAAAUCUAAAGUAGACGUCAUUGCUGGGGCAACUCGCGCACUCACAAUUCAAUCCACAUCUCUUUUCCCGAAGAUUGACAGACAUGAUGACCAAUUGCUGCCUCCUCAGAAACCAAUGCCCAAAUUCCACCCUACAGUCCAUGAAAUCCAGCACCCAGGAAGAGCACCAGUUUCACAUGUAUCUGAUGUUAAAAUGCUAUAUGAGCUCUAUACCUCAAUGGAUAUUCCGACUCCGACAAUGCUUGAUAAGCCUCAAAAGCAUGAAGAAAUGGGCCUUGGAGACUAUCCUGAGACUUUGGCCUUUGCAACAAGUCUCCUCUUGUUUGGGUCAAAAGAUAAUCCUUAUCAAAUGGAAGAGCAAGAAAUGCAAGUUGAAAAGCCAUUGGUAAGACCAUCUAUUGCUCAGUCUUUUUCGCUGCCAGAUGCUCCAUCAACUCUCCGAAACUCUACAAAUUCAUUAGAAUACCAAGAAAAAAAGUUUGAUUUUGUUCCUGAUAGUGACCCAACACCAAAAAUGGAAAUGCCUUCACAGUUGAAUAUUGCUGGAAUUGCAAAUCUUGACUGGGACGAAGACCUUGAAGAGGAUAACUUCAUUUUCCAGCCAACCAAAAAAGUAGGAGCAUUGCCUUCACUUCCGAACUUAGGAGAUAACUCAAAGCCUUUACCAAGCUUACCGAAAACAGAAAAUCUGCCUCCAUUGCCAAGCCUUCCUGGAUCAUCGUCACCUAAGCCUUCUUCUCAGCCAGCCCCAAGAACUCAGCCACCUCCACCACCACCUCCUCCACCGCCUCCACCGCCUCCAUCACAGCCGGCCCAAUCUAAGCCGAGAACUGCUCCCCCACCACCUCCACCACCUCCACCUCCACCACCUCCACGUUCAGUUAUUUCAUCCGUUUCUAGCGUCCCACCUCCUCCAAAAGACGUUCCACUUCCAUCUCAUCCUAACGAAAAUGCCCGUAGCAAAAUGCUUGACGAUCUCAGAACUGAAAAUCCUCUAGCGAGACUCAAAAAGACAGUUAUCAACGACACAAAGCCUGAUGCUGGAAAACCAGGACUAGGAGGGUCAAAAUCCAAAGAUCCGUUUGCACAGCUUAAAGAGCAAAUUCAAAGAAGAUUCAAAGAAAUCCAUGAACCGCCAGUUUCUGGAAGUGUAGCAAAACCACAGACACUCGCUGACGCUAAAUAUGGCAACCAAGAAAAUGAAAGUAGAGAGUGGUCCUCCGAUGAAGAUUAA